UUGAGUUCUCUGCAGCCUCCUCUGUCUCGCUUCCUGAACACUGUAUGUGGGCGUGUACCACAUCGCUUUAUAACAGCUGGUGGAGCCACUGCUGUGUUCGCACUGUUCACACGGAGCUUCUAUUCAUCAAAAAUAUCAAAGAUGGAGAGUUUGAGCCGCGCUAACAGUGCCUUCGCGCUGGACCUGUACCGGGCCAUAAGCGCUUCUAACCUGGAUGGAAACCUGUUCUUUUCCCCGCUGAGCAUCAGCGCCGCACUCAGUAUGGUCUACUUAGGAGCCCGAGGAGCUACAGCUGAGGAAAUGGCUAAAGUUUUGUCCUUCAGCUCAGUCCCUGAUGUUCACAACCUUUUCAAGACCCUCAACUCUGCAAUAAACAGCCCCAAAGCCUCCUACAUCCUACGACUGGCCAACAGGCUUUAUGGAGAGAAGACUUUCAAUUUCUUAGCAGAAUUUGUGGACUCCACUCAGAAGUUGUACCAAGCUGACAUGCAGGCAGUAGACUUUAUUGGCUCAUCAGAGGAGUCAAGAAAGCUCAUUAACCAAUGGGUGGAAGAGAAAACUGAGGGUAAAAUCAAAGAUGUUGUGCAGCCAGGGAUGGUCACAGAAAUGACUCGACUUGCCCUGGUGAAUGCUAUUUAUUUCAAGGGAAAAUGGAAGCAUGUGUUUAAUACUGAACACACUAAAGAGAUGCCCUUUAAGAUAAAUCAGAAAGAGACAAAGCCUGUGCAGAUGAUGUACCAGACAAAGAAAUUCCUUUUCAACUACGUCGAUGAGUACAGGCUGCAGGUGCUGGAUUUACCGUAUGAAGAAGAGGAACUCAGCAUGGUGGUGCUUUUGCCUGAGGAGUCUCAGGAUGGCUCAGACCCUCUGCACAAGCUGGAAAGUGAACUAACAGUGGACAAACUGUUUGAGUGGACAAAUCCAGAGAAGAUGGACAGGUGGACUGAUAUCAAUGUCCAUUUGCCAAAAUUCAAGCUGGAAGAGCAGUACUCUUUGGAGGGUAUCCUGGAUAAAAUGGGCAUGAGAUCAUUGUUUAAAGCCAAUGCUGCAGACCUGACGGGCAUGAGCAGCGAAGGAGGUCUUUUUGUGUCUUCAGUGGCACACAAAGCUUUUGUAGAGGUUAAUGAGGAAGGCACUGAAGCAGCAGCAGCCACAGCUGUAUUGAUUGCAUUAUGCAUGGCACGAGAGGAGCACUUCAUGGCAGACCACCCCUUCCUAUUCUUCAUCAGACACAACCCCACUAAAAGCAUCCUCUUCUUCGGGAGGUACAGAGGCCCACAGUAGAAAUGAACUGCACAAUGGCAUACAAAUAAUGCUUGUUUGAAAUGGUUUUGUAUUCUUUUUGUAGGGGUUUUGUAGGGAGACUGUAUUCUCUCAUCACAGAAACAGAAACAACAUUAUAAACCUUUUGAAGUAUAAACAUACAAUAAACAAUAAUAAUACAAUAAAUUGUUUUAAUUUUUUUCUUUAUCAGUUUAGUUUUUUAAACACUUUGAUAUUUAUGCUUGCAAAUAUAGGCAUAUUUCUUCCUACAUAUAAUUAUUAACUGAAUACUCUCUCUCUCUCUCUCUCUCUCUCUCUCCCCCUCCCUAUGAGAGAUACUAUGUCUGACCAUUAUGUUUAGAUGUGCUAAUGUACUAAUGUACAAUAUUGUGCUCUAUAAUUCUGAACUAAUUUUAUACUCAGCCUCUUGCUGGUGUUUCUUUUCCACACUGCUGAUUUCUGUUCCUGUGCUGUUUUUAAGUAGUGCUGCUUCUGGUUCUGAGUUAUCUGCUGCCGAUUUUCAUACAAUGUUGCUGCAGUGUUAUCUUUAUUAAGCUGAUUCUGUGUUUUUCCUCAUACUGAGUGGAUUUGUAGUUUUACUCAUGCUGUGUGUUCUGCAUAGGGCUGAAGGUCUCAAGUCCAGUCUGGAUUUGAAACCAGAUUAUUUCUAGAUUGACUUUGACUUGUCUCUGUCUUACUGGUCUUGUUUUGGUCAUGACUGAAAGUUUGUCAAAAUAAUGUCUAUUCUUUCAAAUGCACAGUUUGAUAUGAAAUCAUCCCUUCUUGUAGAAACAGCCUAAUCAUUGGCAUUAUGCAUAAAUUAAGCCAACUAGUUUAAAGUAAAAGCUUUUCCAAGAAUUCAAAGUCACUUUUAUUUGGGUCUCUUGAUAUGCACCACUCCAGACACCAUCUGGCAUCUGGCAUCUACAGUACUGGCUAAAGCAUAAUCCCAUCAGCACACAUUCCAUUAAAUGUUUAAUCUUAUUUUAUAAUGGAUAACAUCGUCAUUUUCAUGUUGUGCUUUCAUGAGUGUUGUCAUUAUUUUCACUAAACCCUAUGGUAAGUGGUGUGAUGUUGAUAGGCUACUUAAAUGCCCCUUUCAGUAUAGCCUUACUCCUGCUGUGCUUCCACUUGUUGAUUCAGUGCUGUUACUCGUACUGUGUUAAGGCCAUUUUACCUCUACUAUAUCAUUCCCCAUGGCACAUCUCUAUUUUGAAAACAUAUCUUUUUGUAAAUGUUCUCCAAAACUGCCUGUUAGAACUUGAUUGUGUUUUGUUUGUAUUUGCUGUCAUGUGGAUUGUUUUAAGAUACAAGAUUUACAACUGAA